AUGUCAUUGAACUUCACCAACCAACCGCCUGCGUCGCGGGUGCCGUAUGCCAUCCCCCAAUUGGAGGGCGAGCGCAUCACAAUUCCCGGCAGCAAAGGCGUCUUCCGCAUCUUGACCUCAGCAAAGCAAACCGGGGGGUUGAUGGCCGUUUUCACAAGUGGUGCUGUCCUGUCCGAUGCUCCCGGGUUCCACUACCACAAUCAUGCGCACGAUGUCUUCCUGGUUACAAAGGGUUUCUUGAAGCUAUGGAAUGGGGACCAGUGUCGGAUCAUGGGCCCUGGUGACUUUGCCUACGUUCCUCCGAAAGUCGUUCACAACCCGGAGAUGAUGGGUCCGCACACAGAGCUUCAAGGCUUAAUCACCCCUGGCGAUUGGGUAGACUUCUUCCGCUAUGUGUCCGAGCCAUUCGAAGGCGUCCUGGUCCCUGAAGGAGACGACCGCGACCUGAAGUCCAUCCUCAUUCCCAAGGUGAUGGCGGCCAAGGAGAAAUUCGACGUUGUGUUCCAGCCCCACUAUGUGCCUCCAGAGGUCACCGAGUGGUCAAAGGAGGACGAAAAGCUGCCAGAGGGUCCCGCGGGGUACUUUUUACGCGCUAACACCGGCCCUAAGUGGCUUCUUGGUGGUGUUAUGUCCCGCCCGUUUGUGACUACCACACAGAGCACAGGCGUAUGCGCGAUUUCCAGCAUUGAGUCCUCCAAGGACUAUGGGGAGACAGCGUUCUCCAGAUACAUGACCUUCCCAACAGUCGACCACUGCUUCUGUAUUAUGGAAGGCGCAUUGCGAGUGAGCUUGCAAGGUGAAAGUGACGCUGUCUUCCGUGAAGGCGAGACCGUUGUCGUUCCCGCUGGCCAAGCCUUCUCCCUUGGCUUUGAGAGCAAAUUUGUAAAGUUCCACUCUUUCACUGACGGCAAUGGCAUCGAAUCGUUGAUCCAUGCUGCGGGUCAACCUUUCCAGGGGGCAGUGCUCCCUGACGUAGCGCCUGAAUAUAAUCAGGCCGAUGUGGAGUCGGCUGCGGCAGGCCUCAAUAUUGCAAUUUGA